GAGCGCGCUCUCAUCAGCCGCUCUCAUCAGCAGCAGCUAGCCGAACCGGGGGCUGCAGAGCGCUCUCAUCAGCACCAGCUCUAGCCGAACCCGGGGCUGCCCCACGAUGCCCCGCGGCGCCGCGCUCGACUUCUCGACGCCGGCCAUGCGCCAGCAGCGGAGCCGGUCGGCGCCCCCUGUCGUCAUUGCAAGGGCCGCGCCCUGCGCACCUGUGAACGCGCCGCCCGUCGCUCAAGUGGAAGAGGUGACCGAGAGUAGUGACGCCCCCAUGCCGACGGUCGUGGCCACGGCCGUGCCAGCCGACGACGACGUCGAGGCUGCGAUACAAAGGCGAGAAUGCGAGGCGGCGGUGGCCCAGCUCCGAGCAACCACACUACAAAUCACGACGCAAGAACAGAAGCUCCUGAACUACCGGAAGUCCGUGAAGGUCUACGCUAUACUAGAUGCCAUCGUCACUUUGUUCGCCUACUCGUCGCCUCAUCAGAAAGGCCAGGCAAAGUGGUGGGCCCGCGCGUGUCUCGUGUUUUUGGUGAACCCCGUCGUCGGCUACGCGGGCGCGCGCAUGCUCCACGCGCCACUACUAUCGUGCUACCUCUGGCUCUGUUCGCUCAAGGAGAUUUAUAUAUUGGUGCUGUUCUCGUUCCACGCUACUGGUUCAUUUUUAUUUUUUACCUUCGUGGUCCAGCUGUGGAUCACGACCGUGUCUUAUAAAUUAUGGCGGCUGCUCGCGCCGGUGGCGCCGGAGCGGGCGCGCGCGCUCGCGAACGGCACCGUGCGCGCUAGGACGUCGCUCGUGCUCUUCUGACCGCUGUUUCGCUCUCGAGAAUUAAGUUGGCUUUUGUUUA